UCUAGAAUCGAGAGGCUACUGCUAGAUUUAGAAUCUAGAAGUACGUACAUGUAUCAAGAUUCAAGAUCAACAGCGGAGAACUGAUCUAUAUCUAGAUAUAGAUCUAGUCUAAUAGAUCUAGAUCUAGAUAUCUAGAUUCUAGAUCUAGAUGUAGAUCUAGAUAGAUCCAGCCUAACCGAGAUCAUUCAGGCAUUUAUCCUUCUUCAUUCGACAUCAGUUAGUGGUUAGUGGCCAGUGGUCAGUCAGUAAGUCUCUCAGUCUCAGCAAUAGAGCCUAGAAUCUAGAGUAGGUUUAGAACACGGUGGAGUGUACACAGUUCGACUGAGUUUUGUCGAUGGAUAGGCCUCGGGUCUAGACUCUAGAUCUAGUCUAGAAUCUAGAUCUAGAUUUAGAUCUAGAUCUAGAUCUAGGGCUUGAUUGUUUGCCCUUUUUUCAGUGGUUUUCAACACACAACCAGUAGCUCAUUUGUGUAGAUCUAGAUCUACAAUUUAAUAGAAAGAGUAUUGUUUUUAUUCGUGAUGAGUUGUGAAAGAGAGAUCCACAAUUACAAUGACAUUGAUGCGCAGGAGUCUACUGACAAUGCUCACCUCGCAUUCUUUUAUCAAAGGGAUCAAAUGACCCUGAACCAACCCAGCAGUGUGGCUACUAAUGCCACUGUUGCUACCACCAACAAUAGUGACAUUACCAAUGCUGUCCUCACCUCAAAUCUCCAGUACAUGAACCCAAAUGACACAGGGGGCACUUUCCCACCUCUUUAUGUUGGAGAGGCUCACAUGGCCCAGCCAACACAUUCCUUUUUACCGCAAAGAAGAGAGAGGGAGGACAACAAGCAUUGCCGAAAGGAACAUUCUUUGACCCCUGGGAAGCGUCAAAGGAAAGAAGAGUUGUGGAAAUGUAACAGGCGCAAAAGGCAGAGAGAAAUGGGACUACCUUACAUGACACACAGAGGAAUUGAGCGGCCUAAGAGGGAAAUGAAACCCAGGUGUUUCUGCAAGUCAAAAUAUUUAAAGUGUGGGAAUGUGACAGAGGAAGACAGAAAGGGACUGUUUAAGGAGCUUUGGGGUUUAACUUGGGAAGAGAAAAAGACACUAGUGAAAAGUCUUGUAGACAAAGUCCAAAAAGUGAGGCAGUACACAACAAAUCCCUCUUCCCAACGAGAGUUCACUUUUCGGUACUAUUUGAAGCAAGGCAGUGUCAAGGUUGAAGUGUGCAAAUUAAUGUUCUGUAACACAAUGGAUUUAGGGUCAAGAUUUAUUCAUGGCUUGUUUACAGAACCGAAAAACAAAUCUUUGAAGUUUCUCCCUAUCCCUGAUAGAACAGAACAUGUCCCCCUUUCAAAUGUGCCAGAGUCUACCGAAAAUGCUCACCAAGUGCCCUUUGAUCAAACGGAUCAGGUGUCCCCAAACCAAGCCAGCACUAUGGCAACUGAUGACACUGUCGCUGUCAACAACGACUAUGACAAUACUGAUGACAGCGAUACUAGUGAUAAAUCUGGCGUCCACACUGCAAACUCAAAUGUUCAGUGUACGAAUCCAAAUAAUAAGGAGGACACUUUCCAGCCACUGUAUGUUGGAGAGGCCCACAUGGGUCAGCCAACAGCACCCUCUCUUUUACCGCAGGAUACAGAGAUGGAGGAGAACAUGCAAGACAAAAAUGAACAUUCUCAGACCCCUGGAAAACGCGAAAGGAAAGAAGAACAGUGGAAAUGUAACAAGCGCAAAAGACUGAGAGAAAUGGGGCUACCUUACAUGACACAGAGAGGAGUUGAGCGGCCUAAGAGGGAAAUGAAACCCAGGUGUUUCUGCAAGUCAAAAUAUUUGAAGUGUGGGGAUGUAACAGAAGAAGAUAGAAUGGCAUUGUUCAAGGAGGUCUGGGAUUUAGACUGGAAAGAGAAAAAGACACUCGUGAAAGGUCUCAUAGACAGGAAGCGAAAACUGAAGCAGUACACACCAAAUCCUAAUUCUCUCCGUGAGUUCACUUUUCGGUACUAUUUGAGACAAGGCGAUGACAAGGUUGAGGUGUGCAGAUUAAUGUUUUGCAACACAAUGGAUUUAGGAUCAAGAUUCAUUAGGGGCCUGUUUGCAAAACCAAAAAAGAGAAAUUUGAAAUCACAUGCACACUAUAAUAGAUCAGGAGACUCCAAGUUGUUCUUAAAUCUUAAGUUUUUUGACUGUCUUCCAAAAGUAUCAAGCCAUUAUUGUAAAAAGAGCUCGUCAAAGUUGUACUUGGAGCCAAUGUUCAAAACUAUAAAAGAGGUUCAUAGACUUUAUGUGGAAAAAUGUAUUGAAAAUGAAAUCACUGCAGUGGGGAUUGAUGUCUUUAGGAAGGAGUUCGACAAAAAUAACUUGGCCCUGUUUCCCCAUAAAAAGGAUAAGUGUGACAUUUGCGUCAGAUAUCGAUCAGGUGACUCAACGGAAGAUACUUGGGUGCUUCAUAGAGAAAGGAAAGAGGCUGCAAAACAAGAGAAAGAAAAUGACAUUAAAACAGCACUGGAGACUCAAAGAAUGGAACCAGUGGACAGGGUGGGUGUCUUUUGCAUGAGUCUUCAAUCCAUCUUGUUUAGUCCCAUGCUCAAAGCGUCUGCUCUUUACUACCGAAGAAAACUUGCUGUGCAUAACUUCACUGUCUUUAAUAUUACAACACGAGAUGUGAAAUGCUAUGUUUGGCAUGAGGGGGAAGGUGGACUGACAUCUGAUGAAUUCUCAUCGUGCAUCAUAGACUACCUACAGAACCUCGCUGGUACUUAUGGCAGAAUAAUACUGUACAGUGAUGGGUGCCUGUACCAGAGCAAAAAUGCUACGCUUGCUAGUGCUAUCAUGGAUCUUGCUCGUGAACUCAACAUCAUUAUUGAUCAGAAAUACCUCACUAAGGGGCACACUGAAAUGGAAGUUGAUAGUGUUCAUAGUGUGAUUGAACGUUCUCUCAAAAAUGCUGUUAUAAAUGUACCAUGUGAUUACAUUAAUGUCUUCAGAUUGGCAGGUCAAAGCUCUCGUCCAUACGAUGUUAAAUAUCUAGACCACACUUUUUUCAGGAAGUAUUCGUCCGUACAAGAAUACUCAACCAUUCUACCAGGAACAAAUGCUGGGGAUGUAAAAGUGGAUGACAUACGAGCUCUUCGCUAUUCCUCUCAUGGGAACAUUCAGUACAAGCUCGCUUUUUGUGAGGACUGGCAAGACAUUCCUGAUCAGUACAACUACACGCUAUCAUUACUAUCAAGCACUGCUGUCCCUGCACUACACUCACAAAGAAUACCUAUCCCCAGCUCAAAAUAUAGGGACUUGCAGGAAUUGAAAGCAGUGAUCCCAUCAGAUGCCCAUGCCUUUUAUGACAACUUGGAGCAUUGAUUGGAAAUAUAUGUGGCAUUUUAAGGAGUGGUCAAUGAGCUAACAAGUUUUUUUUGUAUGCAUGAGUGUGCAUGUUCACAUUCAAUUUUGAGCAAUUUUAUUUUGAAACGAUUGAUGAAAUGAGAUGCUUACUUUUUGAAGCAUUAAAAAAGAAUUCACUAUACUAUACUCUACUGUAAAUGUGAGGUGCACUGACAAAAUGAGUUACUUCUUGCAUCCACAAAUGGAAAUAUCAUCGUAAAUUCGACACCGGGGUCAAAUUUAUAGACUUUCAUUUGAUGCCGUUUUGUUUGAGUUUAAUAUGUCUUUCAUUAUUUCAUACUUUUAAUAACUUCACCAACUGUAAAUUAUAUAUAUUUACUGUAUCUAUUUCCCGACUUAAAUCCUAGAAUCUACUUGUUUUGUCAGUGCACUUCACAAAAAAUACAUUUUGUGAGCUGAGUUGUUUUCAUGCUGGACUAUGGAGUGGACAGCCCUGGUUUGAAUCCUGGGUGUUCUUGACCUUGGAUCAUUUUAUGAAGUUUUUAACACUUUGCCAGUACGGGACGCCAACUAGCAAUGGUGUGAUCUAGCAUGUACCGCAUCUGUAUCCUGGUCCGUGGGGAUAAGUGUUGCGCGCUGCAUGGAUGGAUAGUGUUACUGUUAAGGCUCUCAACACAUUUUUCUCAGUCCUGUCAGGGAUGGACGUCACUUUGGAGAUGUCACAUUUUUAAAUAACCUAACAUUGUUGAAUGGGGUGUUAAAACUGUGCUCUUACUUUACACUUACCAGUUGAGUAAAUACAAUGUCAAUUACACUUGUAAUUUUGGCUUAAAUUAUGAGGAUUUCUGUGGAUACUUUUUCAAUGGCUGCCCCUAUUCUCAUGUUGGUAGGCCAUCUGAAAAUUAGUAAGAGGUGCAGUUUGACAAUAUAUACAUUAUAUUUUUAAUAUAAUAUAUUGGUAAGGCAGUCACUAAGGUCAAUUUUUGUUUCUUGUCUUAUGGUGCUACUGUAUUGUGCUUAAUGUUCUAUCCUUUAACGUCUGCAAGCCAUCUUACACAAAUUGUGAUACGUUAUAUUUGCAAUAAGUUGUUGAAAAUGAAUACUUGUACUGAAUUAAGCUUAUAAUUAUGAGCUCUGUUAAGAUUGUGUAUGCAGGCUCAUUAAGAGGAAUGGGAAAUUACUUCUUAUCAGUGAGAAGGAAAUCGAAAACGUAUCCUAAAUUUAAGUUUGCAAUGCAUUGUGCUGCAGUGACUCUGGCGUCACUUGAUUUAAGAGGGGGGGGGGGUCUUUAAAAAAAAAAUCCAUUUCCAUAUAAUAUAAACUUGCCAUUGUGUAGUAUCACAGGUUGUACCACACUUACUGAUCUGUGUAUAUUGUGGCUUAGCCCCUAUUCACAGAAAAAGUCUUGACCAAACCACGCUGAUACACGUAAAAGGUUGAAAAACAAAGUACUGCAAAAAGGUGCCAAGCCAAAUUCCCUUUACAAUAUUUCUUUUAGUGAUGGUUUAUGUCAAACACUUGAUAAAGCCUUCAAUUUACAUUUGAUUCCGGUAGUUUAACUACCUGUACCUUUUUAGAAAGAGAGAAUUUUUGACUCUGUUGAAAAAUUUUGCCUUCUUGUUUUAUCAGAGACACAGUGAAGUUUAACAAGUUGUGCGGAAGAGCUUUUUCUCCUAUGCUUAAAAAAUUUGAAAUUCUCUCACAAAAUAAAUGUAUUUCAUAACAUCAGAAAAGAGAGUUUACGAAAAGUGUUAAGACAAUACAAUUGCAACCGUCUGCCAGUAAAUUUUGUGUGUGAGAAUGUGUGUGGGUCUGGGAUUUAUUAGCAUAUGUGAAGUUAAAUGAUCUCGCAAUGUCCAUUUUCAGUUCUCUGAUUUCUCAUUUAAGUUCAUUGAUAAUUCUGCAUUGCACAGCGCAACCCUCUAGGGAGUAGGCUCUUUAUAUAAAUUUUCAUUAUAGUUAUUAUUAUUAUCUCCCAUCUCUGUUUUAAGCAAUGGCUAUCAAAAUGAAAUUGUGACCAUAUUUUGCAAAGGCCUGUUUACAAGCAUUUUAACAUUUUAAUGUACUAAUAUGUUUUUUCUGUUUGGACAAAUCUCUCUUAAUUGAAAAUUUGGCACUCUUGCAAAUUUUAAACAAAGUCGACUCCUCCGUAUACAUUUUUGUACAUGUUUUAUAUAGAAACGCUUUCUUUAACAAAAACAUUGAACUUUUCUGCACUUUUUUAUUUUAUUCAGGAGAGAACAGGUGUAGUAGAUAAUUUUGUAUAGUAGGCCUACAUUAUACACCUUCCAGUUUUUAUGACAACAUGCGUGAUAUCAAUCAGGCCAAUUAGAGCUCUUCAUACCAGCGGUAUAACAUCUCAUCCACUGCUUUAUAAUUUACAACAGCGAUUGGAACGAAAAAUUGAAAGAUAUGAUAUUUUUUAUCUGCCAUAGUGCAAAAUAAUUUCGAAUGUACAAAUCUAUUGUGGUUCAGGUGAUUGUGAGGGCAUGAUUUUUAUGACCAGAAUGGGUGGGAGAUUAACUUUUAUGGCUUUUUUGUUCAGUUUGAAUGAAGAUAGCCUCGUGAUUUUCAAUUCUCUGCAGGCUUGAGAAGGUACUUGUAACAUGUAUACAGUCUUGCAUGCACAUUCUAUAAACUAUAAACUUAUAUUUGUAAGACUCUAAAAUGUGUCCGUGUUCUGUUGCGUGUCCUUUUCUUUUUUUGCACACCCUUCUGUGCAUGGUCAUUUGUUCAUUUUGGUUUUUAUUCGUUCACCAUUACCAAGUUGUUUUUUUUAAGUAGAUGUUUUACACCCCUAUCGACACAAUUUAGAUAAUUUAGGACGUUGACUUUGGCCCUGCCAUUAAAGGCUCAUCUGGGCUGAGAGGUAUAAAAUGUCCCUACAGAAAGACUGCGAUACUUUAUUAAAAAAAUUUCUCCACAUGGGAAUAAAACUUGAUUUUCUGUGUUUGUUUGAAAGUGGAUACUUGUCAGUACAUUGUAUCAUGUACACAGCAAGAUGGGGCUCAAAGGUUCGACGUCUACAGAAACAGUAUUGGACGUUUGUGGGCAUGUGUCGGUGUGUCUAGAAAGACGAAUGAUAGACCUUUUAGGUCUCGGAUCACAAGGCAGAGACAAGACCGACACAUCCACCGUGUUCAUGUCCAGAACAGAUUGCAUCCUGCAUCACUGCGACGUGUAAUGUCUCUGGAUAAAUACCAAUCUCAAAGAGAACUGACCACGCUUCAAAUGUUAGAUGAACUUGGGCAAUAGUUAGAAAAAAUCUAGCAUCAGAUUCCCCCAGCUGUUCAUCAAACAACUUAUUUUUUCCUUGCUUUGAUUGUGUCGUCAGUCAGUCAUUUGUGAAUUUGGAAAAGGAGAUGCUCAACUUGUGAUAGAUAUUGUGCUAAAAUGGACUCUCCAAUGAAAAUAAGUUAUCCUCAUAACUCAUAGCUUCUUCCUUGAUGCGUGUGUUGUUUAGAAAAAUAUAUGUAAUGGACUCUGUAAAGGAAGGAAGGAAGUAAGUAAAGGAAUUUGAUUUGCAAGUACAAUUUGAUUUCUAUAUUAAACUUUCUUUUUUCCGUGAGAAUAUAAUGUAAGUGAACUAUUUCGGAACCUGAAACCCUGUUGUACCCUGCAUUUUAUUUGUGAGUAAAUGUAUGAUAUAAUAUAGUAUAGGCCACAUGUGUUAUGUUCAAUGUGUGUUUUGGUGAGUGACAGAAAAAAAGAAGAGAAAUUGAAUUGCCUUCCUUAUUGGGGGAAGAGGGCCAAUUUUUUUAAUGCGCAUUCAUUUAAUUUUUUAUCAUUUUCGUUCAGUCAUUAUUUUUACUUGAUAAUUUUGUUGGUUAUUGGAAUACAGAUAUUUAUGUAUAAUGCACACAUAAUGCUACUUGUUGUGGUACGGUUGUUUAAUUCAAAGGAGUAUAUUUGAGUUGUAAGCUUUUGUUUUUAUUUAAUUAUUCUAUACUUUCCGUUAUACGGGACCUAUUUUAUGAAUUUGAUUUGAUUUAACAAUAUGUGUCACCCUACCCUCUAUCUUUCAAAUGGUAAAGAAUUUUUGAUUCUGAGUCAUAGAUGUAUAAGAAACCAUUGAACCUUUUUAAAAAAAAAUUUACAAUUGUGAUGAAAUCAGAUUUGUCUAAAA